GUCGUUAUAAAGAGAAGCUGCUACUAUUACUACUACUACUCAACACUUGUCGCGUGUUGUCUACUGCAUUUCGUCAUAUUUAUCAGUUUGAAUAUCGGCUAAUUGUGAUAAGACAGUGACAUUUGUGGUUUGUCUUUGGAAAAGUGGUGAAGUUACAAAAUGGGUAAAAAAUCAAAGAAACAAAAAUUUGCUGCUGAAAAUGAACUUCUGUCAACACCUUUGAAGUGCAACAAUGAAUUUGAAGGACUCGUCAGUUUUGAAGAGUUGUCAUCUUGCACUUUCAUGAGGAUGAAUAAAGCAGGAAAAAUUAAGAGAGAAGUUUGGAAAGACGGCAAAAUUAUUAAAAAGAAGGAUAAAAAGAAGAACAGCAGCAAACAGAACGCUAAUAAACAUAAAAUAAAUGAGAAUGCUGUGGCUGGAACAAAGGACGUUAAAGAGACUGCUGUGGUCGAAAAAGUGGAAUUAUUGUCAGACCUUCCAAAAAAGAAACGAAAGAAAAGGAAAAAGAAACAGGACGCCAGUGAACCAGCAAAGAAGGCCCGCUAUGACAGUGCCACUUUUCAUGGAGCUAAUCAGGGUGCUCAGGAAAAUGUUGACGUGACAGAAUGGGAGUCUCUGUUUGUUCCUCCUGAAGUUGUUAAAGCACUUGCUGGAUUGGGUUUCUCGACCCCCACCGAAAUCCAGAGACUCGUCUUACCAGCAGCUAUUAAGGGCCGAAUGGACAUCAUUGGUGCUGCAGAGACUGGAAGUGGUAAAACUUUAGCCUUUGGAAUUCCCAUCAUUCAUGGAAUCCUUUGUGAUAUGUUGAACGAGUCUAAAAACGCUGAAAAUGGUGAGGACGUAGAAGAUGCUGUCGAUGGGGCGGAUGAUGGCAACGAGGACGUUGAUGGAGGUACCAUCAGUGGAGAGGAUGAUGUCGAUGAAGUGGAUGAUCUGAGCGGAGAGAUCGUAGAUAGUGAUGAUGAUGAUGGUGAAAAUAAAGUUUCUCAGGAAGAUUUACAGGAUGCCAUGGAAAUCGGUUGUGCCUUUCCAGGGGAUGAAAGUGACUCAGACAGCGGUGGAAGUGAGAGAGAGUCCAACGAUGAAGCCAAUGGCCUUGAUAAUGAAAUUGGUUGUGUCAAAGUCAUUGAUAAUGUUGAAUUUGAUUUUCUGAAAAAAGAUAAGAAUAACACUGGAACGAAUCCAGGAAAACCAUUAAGAGCUCUAAUUGUAACUCCAACUCGAGAGUUAGCAGUCCAGGUAAAAAGCCACUUGACAUCAGUGCUAGUUCACACAGACAUCAAAAUAGCUGUUGUGAUUGGUGGAGUAGCAAGUGAGAAACAGCAGAGGAUACUGAACCGUGGUCCAGAGAUUGUUGUUGGAACACCAGGGAGGUUGUGGGAAUUGAUUGAACAAGGCAACAAUCACCUUAGUCAGAUAGAAAAUAUUAAAUACCUGGCCAUUGAUGAAACUGAUCGCAUGGUUGAACAGGGUCACUUCGAGGAGCUGAGGAAACUCCUGGAGGUCAUCAACACUGAUGAAAAUGCCAAAGCCAGACGUCAGAAUUUUGUGUUUUCAGCAACCCUUACUCUAGUGCACAAAGCACCAAGGCGUGUGGAUAUGAAAGGAAAGACACCUAUGACUUCAGAAAUAAAAGUAAAGCAACUUGCAAAAAUGAUAGGCUUGAAGGCCAAGCCCAAGAUAGUCGACGUCACCCGGAAAUUUGGAACUGCAGAAAGUCUGACGGAGUCGAGGAUUAACUGUGAUAAAGAUGAGAAAGACUACUACCUGUAUUACAUAUUGAAACAGUACCCAGGUAGGACUCUCGUAUUUUGCAAUAGCAUCGACUGCGUGCGAAGGUUGCAGAAUUUGUUUACUUUCCUUCAGUGUCAUCCCAUGUCUCUCCAUGCAUCAAUGCACCAGAAACAGCGAUUGAAGAGUCUCGAGAAAUUUUCCUCCAGUUCCGUGGCGUUGCUCUUGGCCACAGAUGUUGCAGCCAGGGGUCUUGAUAUACCAAACAUUCAGCAUGUCAUUCAUUAUCAGACCCCACGCACAGCAGAGACUUACAUUCAUCGCAGUGGACGAACAGCAAGAGCUGAACAGGAAGGGCUAAGUGUUCUUUUCAUCGAUUCGUCAGAAAUUAAAAAGUAUCGUCAGCUAUGUUUAACUCUGAAUCGUUCAACUGAUCUCCCUCCAUUCCCAGUUGAUGUUAACGUCAUGGACCAGGUUAAGACACGUGUAGAUUUUGCUCGCCAACUGGAACUGAUGGAACAUUCUAAUCGUAAAGAAAGAGCUCAAGAUAACUGGCUGAAGAAAGCAGCAAGGGAAGCAGAGAUCAUGUUAGACGAUGACGAUGAUGACGAAGACGAGGUUGCAGACAGAGCAAUGAAGGCUGCUCGGGAAAAACGUGAAACUAAGGUCAUGAAAGCCAAGUUGAGGAGUAUGCUUUCCAGACCGCUGGUAGGGUCAACCUUCUCUGGCAAGUAUCCCACUCAGACUGGUGCUCUAGUCACACCUUUCCAUAAGGAACAAAGAGGAGGAGGUAAGCCGGAUGGAAACGAUGCACUUUCUGUGAUGAAAAAAGAGGCUGUCGAGUUCACCAAACUAGUGAAGACAGUCAAACCAAGACCCCCUAAGAAGAAGAAAGUCAAUACUAGCAGGAAGUUUAAAGGUUAUGAAAAGAGGAGAAAAAAGUUAAUCAAGGAAAAGGAGUGGAGAGAGAAGGAAGCAAAAGGAAAAGACUGAGUUAGCCCUUGUUAAGGUACGAAAAAAAUAAAAUGAAAAAGUA